UCGUGCCGCGCGCAGUGCUGUCCUGGUGCCCCGCGGCCGCGUCCAGGAUCUCGCCGUGCACGAGCAGCACGAGCCGGGGGAGCUGGGGGAGGAGCAGGACCGAGUGCGGGGAGUGAGUGAGGGCGCCGACAACAUGUGGCGGCAGUGACAAAGAGACACGGCUGGAUUUUUUUCGCGCCAUGAAGAUGGAGAUGGCGACGCGGCCGCCCCGGCCCGAGGGCAUCAUGACCCACAUGAUGCUGAGCGGCAUGCUGCUCAUGGCCACCAUCUACGGCGCGUGCCCGGUGCAGAUCACCCACCUACGCGUGCCGCAGUACGUCGCCAACGGGUCGCACGCCGCCGUGCUGGACUGCGAGUACCAGCUGGGGCCGCGGGAGAGCAUCAACGCCUCCGGCCUGGUGGUCAAGUGGUUCUUCAACGACGGGCCCGCGCCCGUCUACCAGUGGAUCCCGCCCAACCGGCCGCAGGACCUGGGCCUGCUCAAGGGCCGCCUGGACCUCUCCUACCAGGCCUCCAAGCUGAACGCGUCGCGGCACCGCGCGCUCUACAUCCGGAACCCCACCACCGAGCUGUCCGGCGAGUGGAAGUGUCUCGUGUCCACCUUCGACGACGAGGACUUCAUGACCAAGAAGAUGGUUGUCUAUUCCUACGAGAAGCAGUUCGAGUUGACGCAGAGCCGGCCCGGCCACGAGGAGGCCGUCAACAUCACGUGUCGCGCCGCCGGCGUCUACCCGGAGCCCAAGAUGGCGCUACUGCGCGGCGGCGAGGAGGACAGCACGCGUCCGCGCCGCUCCGCCGUCCUGCCGGGCGUGUCCGUGCACACGCACGCGCGCUCCGGCGCCUACGACAUCGUGGCCACCAAGGUGCUGGACCAGGAGGAGCUGGCCACACCGACCAUCCUGACGUGCGAGCUGCGCGUCCCCUCCACCAACUACACGCGACUCAAGAGCCUGGUCUACUACCCCGGCAAACUCAACUACCCCUACAGCAGCGAGUCCGCAGAUUCCGCCUUCGCCCAGCGCCCCCUCGUCCGGCUCUUCUGCUCCUGCCUCGCCGUCUCAAUCCUCUCCGGGCUGCUCGCUUGAACGUGGACGGGACGAGCCAGCAGCAGGCUUCAGCACCGCAGUGCUGUCACAGAGUGCCAAGGUCAGGGGGCCCCCUUGCUCCGCCUUGCUCUGCAAGAAACCUGACCAGACGGAGCGACCGGCGACGAGACUCCAGUCAACUAGUGAUAUAGUGACAGUGAUAGUGAAGGAAGGAGGCCACUGAGAACCAGUCAUAUUGUAAUUUAGUUCCUUUUCGUUUCGGUGGCCGUGGGGUGAAUCAAGUGAGUGCCUUGUGCGAGGGUGUGCUUGCGUCGGUGAGUGUGUGUGAGUGUGUGUGUGUGGGUCAGCGAGUGUGUGAGUGUGUGAACGGAGCAACGGACGUAGGUGCGGCCGACGGAAGAUCGCAGUGUGUUGCCUGAGUGGAUUGGAUCCGGCUGGAGAGAAGAGCGCCAAUUAACUAUGUUAGUACCUAGUGACUAUUGGAAGAAUUACUUUUUUGGGAGGAGUAUUUUUUCCCUUUUGUUUUUAUGUUAAAGAGCGUCUUUUAUUGGGCAACAAGUACAACCGCGUCAUGUAGUCGUUAUUAUACCCAAGUGCACAAGUGUUUUCUUGUGUAUGAGUAUUUGAGUUCUUACCUCGGCUGUGAUAGCACAGUUACACAAUUAUUAUUAUUUCAUACUAAAUGAUUUUGUGUGACUAAUGUCAAAGUGUCAAAUGUGUUCUUUUUUAUUUAUCUUUUUUUUAAAUUCCUUUGCUUUUAAAUGUAUAGACUACAAACUUCAAUUGCGUUUCACUCGAAUGCAUUCUUUGUUUGGCUCGCUGAUAUUUUUUUUUAUGUAUGGUAAAUGUUCUUGAUCAGUGUAUCGCGCAUAGAAAGUCAAUUUUGAGAGCACAAGUCAUGUCAGUAACAUCUGUACGAUCUAAGUCAUUUGCCGUUCCGUAAAAGUAGGCCUGCAAUAUGCGAGUAGCGUUUUGCUAGAAACUCGAAAUUGACAUAGACUGAACUGCUCUGUGGGGACAAUAAAGGUCUCAUAAAGAUUAAAUAUUUUACCAAUGCAUUAUAUCUACCUUACAGUCACAAUGUUUAUGUUAAGUUUAGUUCAAACAUAGGUCUUUUUUAUUUCUUUUUUCCAAGAAAAGGAAAAGCUGUAAACUUAAGCCAAAGAUUCCAACCAAACUGUAGUCAUGUAUGCAUGUGGCAUACUAAAAAACCACCAACUCUCUUACUCUAUGUAUAUAUCUCUCUUUGGUUGUUGUAAAUAUAAUUGUGUAUUAUCAUUGUUGAUUAUCUUUUUCACCCCUUUAGGCGUAUUCAAAGUUUAUGCUAAAUGUAUGUGCGAGAGACUGCUGUGCUUGAAAGUGAUUGUACGGUAUUAAAAAAUUAUGAAAAUCAUUUUGUUUUUACAAAAAUAAAUGAAAAAACAAAACAC